UUGCUCCCGACGCCAGGGCUGACCAUUAAGAGUAACGCCUAGGUCCAGGACGAAGACCAGCAAAGCAGUCCCCAAGAUUUCUACAGCCACUUAGAUCCAAUUUCGUUGGUCAUUAAUUGACUUUGAUAGGACAGGAGAACUACGAAUUAAGGAGCAUCAAGAAUUACUUACGAGUACAAAAAAAGAGAAAGAGUUUGUUUUUUUUCUACUUUCGACCUUAGCAUCAAGUUCUUUUCUUUCAGUCAGUUUAAGUAACCUAGCAACAAUGCGUUCUUGGCUCACAACGUUUCUCUGUUUGACGGGAACACUGAUAGCAGCUCACGGGCUCAGACAUAGCGCUCACCUAGAAAAGCCGUUGACCGACACCUUGAACCAUGGGACCGACUACCAAACUAUUUUUUUAAACCGCCAAAUUAGGAGUGCUUCAGACGGAUUGCCCUGUGUAUCAGUUUCAUUUUUGACAGAGUUAAAAGAACGUUUUGUCCGGUGGCUGGACCACAACAAUGACGGCCAGUCCACGUUCGACGAGGUCAAGAACUACAUUCGAAGGUUCAAAGCUGGCGUCACAGAUGACGUAGUGGCAGCGUUUAUUAAAAGGCGAGACAGUAACGGUAAUGGAGCCUUAGACUUUGUCCCAGAGUACGUUCAAGACAUGUCUGUUCCUGAUAACACCCCGGAGGGCGCUACAGAGUGGUUCCGGCUUCAUGAUACCAAUGAUGACGGCUUGGUCACACAAUCAGAACUUGAGAACGUAGCGAUUGCUAUCGGAAUGUCUCCCGAAGAUGCCGCGGCGACAGUUCAAGGAUAUUACAUGUCAUCUGAUCUAGACAAAGAUGGCAAACUGACAUUUGAUGAGUUCAAGAAACUGUACACGCUUUAAGAAAGAAGGGAAACAGCUUCUCAAGAAAUCAUUACAUGAUUAUUUUAAUCCAUUUUUUAAACACUUCUCAUUUUUAAAAGCAUUCCAUAUUUUAAAAUCGUAAUAUAAAAUCAAUUAAAAAUUUAAUUAACUUACUUGAAAUUUUUUUAAAAAUUUAAUUCCUAGAAAAGAUUUUUGAAGAUAUAAUAGCGGCUGAUACAAUUAAUUUUGUAAUUAUAAAUACAAUUGAAGUUAUGAUACUUUGAUGUUUUCAGGCUACACAGCACCCACCUUAGCACGUGACUUAGAAAUAUGUUAACCACGGAACUGUAAGGAACACAAAGUUAUGGUCCUCAUUACAUUUCAAAUCCUCCUCUUAUUUACGCAUCCUAUAGUCUUGAUGACUAUUUUUCUUCAAACCAAAUGAAUUGAGCAGAUUAGAUCAAUACAAAAAUAUGAUUACCUUUUGUAUGAUUUCAUGGUGACGUCAGUCUGUUACAAGAUAUUUCUUUUAGGACAAAUCUGUUUACAGUUUUAUUUCUUUUAAAGAUCACAAGACUAAAAACUCAUAACAUCAUAGUCAGGCCUCAUACCGUUUGGCUUAGUUGAACACCUACCGCUGAUAUUGUUUCCAAGUAAUGUCGGGGAGGUGGAAGAGACAUUUCAAUCCCCCCCCCCCCCAAAAAAAAAGGUGUAUCCCAUCCAAGACCCAUGCUCAUUAUUUGCAUGGACAUUAAAAUCACCUGGAAGAUAUUCUUUAGUAGCCUCGUACUUUAGACCAAGUCUAAGAGCUUAUUACUUACAAACUGGUAAGCAGAUUAUAUAGAUAUAGGUUUCAGUUCUGUACUAUACGUUUGAAGCACAACUUGAGCCAUAUGGAAUCUCCCACAGAAACAAGGCGUUGGCUAAUGUUACUUAUAAACAUUGAUCACGUGACUGUUGUCUAGUUGUCCUAGUUUCUGUCUCAAGAGAAAGCAAUAAUCAAAUAAAUUAAUGGCAGAAACUUUCA